AUGGCAAAUCAAGACUUUGGCUUAACUGGUGCACUCAAAGUACGCCCGGCUGAAGAAGGCGAUGCGGCACAUUUACACACAUUUUGUUUUCCUGAAAAAACCAAAACGCAGGUUACGAACGAAUUGCAAGCCGAUUUGGAAUCAGACGGUCAGACCCAUCGACUCGUUGCGGAGUCGAGUGGAUACCCGAUCGGACAGAUUACCGUGAGCAUGGCUACCAGCGAUCCUGAGGUAGCCCAAAUCGGGGAUCUCGCUGUAUCUGGACCGUUUCGGCAAUUAAAGGUGGCAGACCAUCUCAUAGAAGCUGCGGGAACUACCGCGGAAGAAAAUGGCGCGAAAAUCCUUGAAAUUGAGCUUCCGUCCUCUGAGACGAAUGUCAUCCAGAGAUAUAAGGAUUGGGGGUUCGUUGAAAAGCCGCUUGUUAUCCUGCAGAAAACGCUUGAAGCAGAAGAAGCAGAAGAAGUAGAAGAAGUAGAAGAUACGGACGCACACGAAGAUCAAACCGCUGAGACCAGCGGCGAACAGCAGGAACUGCUUAAUGCCUAA